AUGCCUCCUCAGUUAAGACAGCGCACAUCGCGCAUCAAACCUGAAUCUUAUGCUCUUGCUUCAAACCCCUCUUCAAGUCAAACUCGCCUCCUCAUGUCUGAACAUACAGAAAGUUUAGUAAACUGCACACCUCCAAUCUACACCAUCGAUCUCUCACUACCACCACGUGAGCGCUAUGUGUUAGUCGCCACUGACUACGCCCAUGCUCUGCGUCAGAUGCCAGUUCUCUACGACGAAGCAGUAGAGCAUUUGAAGCUUCCUAUUGGGUUCUUCCAUCUCUUAGGCCGUAUGCUCUUGCGUCGUCUUCAUAGCGAUGAACAGACCGAGGAACUCAGAGGAAUCAGUCAGGCAUGUGGGAUUCCCAUGUAUUUACUCGUCGCUUACAACGUCUUCCUGGACCUUCUUAUGGGCUGCACAAGCGGUGGCGUCAUGGUCAAGGAGCCUAGAGUCGAGCCAACGAUGAUGCAUUUCCGAACGUUGGAUUGGUCCAUGCCUCUUUUACGGCAGGUCAUCGUACAGUUUGAGUACGUUAGCAGAACAGGUGGCGACGUGAUAGCAAGGACUGUGGGCUAUGUGGGGUUUGUGGGUGUACUUACAGGCGUAAGGAAUGGACUGAGCAUGUCACUCAACUUCCGGCCCUACCACAAUACCCACGGACUGUCGGGGCCAAACAUCAGAUAUUACUGGAAUACUCUGAUGGUGCUUCUGGGACGGAAGCCGAGUAUCUCCAACCUGUUACGCGAUUGUCUCCUACCUAGACUAGGCGCACCUCGAAGACGACAAAGGCUUUCCAAAAGGUCUGCCCAGGAAGAGGAAACACUGACAUCCACAACCAUUUCACCAUACGAUGCACCCGAACUAUUCAACAUCAUCCCUCACAUGCAUACGUCAGUAGCAUACCUGAUAUUCUGCACGGGGGCAGAAACAGUGGUUCUAGAGAAAGACUUUGAAAGUGCGAGAACUUUACGCUCUUCGACUUUCAUCAGCACCACCAAUCAUGAUGCGUCAUUGGAGGCUACAGACAACCCACAAGCCAUUCAGAAUCAUGCCGUUCAUAAUCAGGGUCGGAAUCACAACUUCCUUAAUGCGGGUAUGCAAGAAGUGCUUGACGAAAGCAUCGCGCGGAAACAGUGUCUGAAGCAGAAGUGGCUGGAUUGGAGCCAGGAGCAAGAUCGUAAAACGAGGCGAGGACAAACUGCAGCGAAAGGCAUUAGCCCGGAGAAGCUAACCGAGUGGCUAAUGCAAUACCCCGUUUGCAAUGAGGUUACACAUUUCGUGUGUGUGAUGGAUCCAAAAGAGGGUGUAUUCAGAUGGGUGCGGGCUUUUGAGGAGGGCGAGAUAGAGUUCCUGGAUGAAGCUUAG